GCUUAGCCAAAAAAACUUCAAAAUGUCUGAGUCAAAUGUAGGUUGAUUUCUCUGCAAUUUCCAUGAAAGAUAGAUAGAUAAACUCUUACCAAAGUUUCUGCAUAUCAAAAGUUGUCAAUUUAUGCUCAAGUCUAAACCAUUCCGAUUACAUAGGAUCACAUGCUUUGAUUCGCAUUUUCUUCUACUAUAUAUUUACAUAUUUUUUUGUCCUCUACACACAAUGAUUAAAAAAUGAGAAUGGACCUACCUUUCACAGCAUUUCUUUAUUAUUAUUUUAUAAAACCAGUACAAUUUUACUAAAUUAUGAUGUUAAAGUAAGAGACUUUGAAGAAGACGACUUAGCAAAGACCAAAACCAAGAAAUUACAUAGGAACAAGCCAAGAAGAUACAUAGAUAAUUUCUUUUUGCUUGUAAUAUAUUUACAACUUCAUAAACAUCAUCGUUCUGCAACUCUCUACUCGAUAUCCAAUCAUGGACGAUUGUCGAUUCGAGACGAGUGAGUUGCAAGCUUCGGUAAUGAUAUCGACUCCUUUAUUUACCGAUUCUUGGAGUUCAUGCAACACCGCAAAUUGCAACGGGAGUAUAAAGAUCCAUGACAUCGCCGGGAUUACAUACGUUGCUAUACCGGCGGUAUCGAUGAUUCAGUUGGGGAAUCUUGUGGGCUUGCCAGUCACCGGAGAUGUUCUUUUCCCCGGCUUAUCCUCCGAUGAACCUCUACCUAUGGUCGACGCUGCCAUACUCAAACUCUUUCUUCAGUUAAAGAUCAAGGAAGGAUUGGAAUUGGAAUUGUUAGGUAAAAAGCUGGUGGUGAUAACCGGCCAUUCAACCGGCGGCGCAUUGGCCGCUUUCACCGCACUUUGGCUUCUAUCUCAAUCUUCUCCGCCGUCAUUCCGCGUCUUUUGUAUCACCUUUGGCUCUCCUCUGCUCGGAAACCAAUCUCUCUCCACCUCAAUUUCACGAUCACGUUUAGCACACAACUUCUGCCACGUGGUCUCCAUCCACGACCUCGUUCCUAGAAGCAGCAAUGAACAAUUCUGGCCCUUUGGAACUUACUUGUUCUGUUCCGACAAAGGAGGUGUCUGUCUAGACAACGCUGGUUCUGUUCGUCUGAUGUUUAAUAUCCUCAACACCACAGCAACUCAAAACACCGAGGAACAUCAGAGGUACGGACACUAUGUGUUCACACUUUCACACAUGUUUCUUAAAUCUAGAAGCUUUCUUGGUGGGAGUAUCCCCGACAAUAGCUACCAAGCUGGUGUUGCGUUAGCCGUUGAAGCUCUAGGUUUCUCUAACGAUGACACAAGUGGCGUUUUAGUCAAAGAAUGUAUAGAAACAGCUACAAGAAUUGUUCGGGCUCCUAUUCUGAGGUCAGCUGAGUUAGCCAAUGAGCUUGCUAGUGUCUUGCCAGCAAGACUCGAGAUUCAAUGGUACAAAGAUCGUUGCGAUGCAUCAGAAGAGCAGCUAGGUUACUACGAUUUCUUCAAACGAUAUUCGUUGAAGAGAGACUUUAAAGUGAACAUGAGUCGCAUAAGACUAGCUAAGUUUUGGGACACAGUGAUUAAAAUGGUGGAGACGAAUGAGUUACCUUUUGAUUUUCAUUUAGGAAAGAAAUGGAUUUACGCAUCUCAAUUUUAUCAACUCUUAGCCGAGCCACUCGACAUUGCGAAUUUCUACAAAAACAGAGAUAUAAAGACUGGCGGGCAUUACUUGGAGGGGAAUAGACCUAAAAGGUAUGAGGUGAUUGAUAAAUGGCAGAAAGGAGUUAAAGUGCCUGAGGAGUGUGUGAGAAGCAGAUACGCGAGCACAACGCAAGAUACUUGCUUUUGGGCUAAGCUUGAGCAAGCAAAAGAGUGGUUGGAUGAGGCGAGAAAAGAGAGUAGUGAUCCCCAGAGGAGAUCUUUGUUACGGGAAAAGAUUGUUCCAUUCGAGAGUUAUGCGAAUACAUUGGUGACGAAGAAGGAGGUUUCUUUGGAUGUUAAAGCGAAGAACUCGAGUUAUAGUGUGUGGGAGGCGAAUCUGAAAGAGUUCAAGUGCAAAAUGGGUUAUGAAAAUGAAAUUGAGAUGGUUGUUGAUGAGAGUGACGCAAUGGAGACUUAGUAGGACUAAUAGCAAAUCGAAUGUUUGAUAUGCUAUAUAACAAUCUGUAUCAUUGUUGUUCAUCAUGUUUAUGCAAGACUUUCUGAUGAAUGUUACUAUAUAUUCUAAAACAAAAUUUAUCGUCAAUGUUCAACAAGUUUUGCAAGAGUUUCUUUUUU